AUGGCCAGUGCAAAUUAUUAUAAUGAUCGACGAAGACGUCGAAAAAAUCAGUCACUUAGUGCACCAUUCGAUAUACAAAUUCCAUCAUCACUUAAAGAUCCAACAGAUACUUGUUCUUUAUGCAAACAACUCGAAUCUUUAAGAAAUGAUGAUAAUGCACGUAAUUUGGCUCUUAAUUAUUUACAUAGUCAUGAGGAUUUUGCAAAUGUAUGGAAUUCGACAACUAUUCGUCCAAAUACACGACGUAUGAUGCGUAAAAUGGUACAAAUACAAACAAUCAAUGCUGUAUGCAAUGGAUUCUAUCGACUUCCGAAUGGUGCUAAAAUAAAUUUAGACAAGAAUAGAAUGGCAUAUGCAGCUCAAAAUACUCGACAAUAUGGUAAUGAUUAUGACUAUGAUACAACAUUUCAACAAUAUACUAACGAACAAUCAUGUCAAAUAUUUGUUAUAAAUGGUGAUUGUCUUGAUGUUGUCAUGUAUUUCAAAGAUAAAUAUCCAAAAUCGAAUCCAGUUGUAUUAAAUAUGGCUUCAGCAAGAAAGCCUGGUGGUGGUUGGAAAAAUGGUGCUGGUGCACAAGAAGAAAAUCUUCAUCGUCGUACAAAUAUGUUUCAAUGUCUUGAAGAUCCUUAUCAUGAAUUAGAAGGUCAACGAAAUUGGGAUUAUCAUAUACCUGAAUUUGGUGGUGUUUAUACUCCAAAUGUAAGUGUUUUUCGUGGUUCAGAAUCUAAUGGUUAUCCAUUUUUCCCGAAUGGUCCAGAAUAUAUUUCAUUUAUUGCUUGUGCAGCUUAUUCUCAUCCACCAACAGAAACAGAUGAAAAUGGAGAAUUGAAAUUAAGUGGUAAACAUAUAAUACAAAAUAUGAAAAAUAAAAUGGAAAGUAUUUUCAAAAUUGCACUCGAAAAUAAACAUGAUAUUUUAAUAUUAUCAGCAUUAGGAUGUGGUGCUUUUCAAAAUCCUCCAAAACAUAUUGCACAGUUAUUUCAUGAAGUAAUUGCAACAAAAUAUAAAAAAUCAUUUAAAUACAUAGUUUUUGCUAUUAUUAAUGAUCAUAAUGCUAUGAAAGCUCAUAAUCCAACUGGUAAUAUUCAACCAUUUGCUGAAGUUUUUCAAAUAAACAUAUGUAUUAGAAUGUCGUCAGCAUUUGUUGAACUUCUUCGUAAAUCAAAUCUUGAUUAUAUUGUUACACGAAAAUCAUUGAAAGUUGGUUCGCAUAGUGAUGAUAUUAUAUUUGCUUCAUUGAUUGAUACGAAAACAAAAACAUUACAAUUAAUUGCAUGUUUGGAUAAAUUAGAAUCUGUUACAAUAUGGUCAACAGCAUUAGAUGAACGUGCAUUUCAAUUAAAUGCACGUCUUUUAGAUAUAACAGAACUUGGUGAAACAAUGAUUUUUCUUUCUGAACGUAUAAAUGAAUCGGAUUUUACUCUUGCUAAAGCUUCAAUAACAAAUAGUGAUAGUCAAUAUGAAGUUUCACAAAUUAAUGUAACAUUUACACAUCCAAAAAAUAAACAAUCAAUAACUCUUCAACUUUAUGAAAAUAUUAAUGAUGGAGAAAAAGCUUCAUUUUUAAGUAAAAUUCUUUUACAUAUUUAUAAACGUAAUGAACAAUUAUCAACUGAAAUUAAAACACAACAAUUACGUUUAAAAGAAUUAUCAAGUAAAACAGAACGUGAACAAUUACGUUCAAGUGGUACGAAUCGAAUUUUUGAUGAUAAUAAAUUACUUGAUUCAAAUAAUCAAAAAAUUAAUAUGAUGAAAUCACAAGAACAUACACCAAAGAGUUUAAUUAAUCCGACUAUUAAACGACGUAAAGCAGCAACCGGUGUUAAUUAUGAUGAUGAAGAUAGUGAUUAA